GUGCUCCACAAACCCAGCAACACUUAAAGAUACAGCAACUCCUAAAAACCUUCAUUUACUAUUUAUUUACUCGUUGGUUUCUUUGAAGUCUGAUUUUGUAGGUUAAAGGAUGACUAGGUGGCUACAUGUACUUUUUUUCAUUUGUUGCGUCGCUUCGCGUGGGACGUCCUUUAAAAGAAAUGCCAGGUGUGAAAUAAUGGAAGAAUUGCCAAAAUUUGAAAAAGAAAACUGCCCGUCCCAGGUGAAAGACUUUAAAGUGGAAGUGGUGAUGGAUGGAGAGGAAAGACAUUUGAACAUAAGCUGGACAAUUGGAAUUGAUGCCAGCAUUUCUCACCUGACCGGUACAAAGAUUCAUGUUGGAGGGGAAGGGACUUACGUCUGUAAAUACAACCCACCUUUUACAGAAGCAAGCCUUGCUGGAUUAGAGCAGGAAUCUUUUUUUUUUUUUCUAAAAGUCUUUGGCUCACGCGAAUACCCCGUCCGUGUUAUGAAUCUCCCAAUACCCCCAACUGACCUUCGUUCUAUAGAACUAUAUACUAACGUACCAAAAGCACCCAAACCUCCAGCCAAUAUAACAGCGACUCAGCAACCUACCACAUCAACGACUACAACUGAUACUGAAAUUCCUCCGACAACGGGAAUUAAGAAUACCUCUAUAGUCGCCAUUGGAGUGGUGGCCUCUUUAAUAAUUCUGAGCUCCUGCAUUGUCAUCUAUAAAUAUUGCAUGACAGUUUCGGAUUUUGAAAUCAUCCCCUUGACCCCCAUGGUUCCAGUCUCUGUGGUUGUGGUGUACCCGGCGGAGACGCCUGCCUUUCAGAGGGCAGUGGUGGCACUGGCAGAGUUCCUGCAGUGGCAUGGUGGCUGCAGAGUGGCGAUUGAUAUGUGGCAGCAGGAAAAAAUCGCAGAACUAGGACCACUGCGCUGGUUAGCUGACCAAGUGAAGAAUGCCGACCGUGUGCUGAUCGUCUCUCCUCAGGCGAAAACUACCUCCUCCUUGCAGGGACACUCUCCUCCCACCAAGAGCCUCCCAGAGCAUUCCAUCCCAGCUGCAGCUCAUGACCUUUACCCUCUGGUUCUCAAUAUGGUGGCUAGUCAUGCUAAGAGUGCCAGUGAGCUGGCAAAGUUCUGGGUGGUGAAGCUGCAUCCAAAAAACAACAAGAAGUCUUGUGUGCUGCUGCCAGAGCUUUGUACAUGCAAGAUUUUCUGUCUGAUAAAAGAUUUAAACAAACUCUGCAAGAAUCUUCACGCUGAGAAGGCCGGCAAGAAGAUAUGGUCGAUUUUGGUCAAACCCGAAGCUUUCUACAAUCAAAACAGUACUGCCAAAUUAAGGGAGGCUAUAGAAAUGCUAGGUGCAAAUAAACCACAAAUCUCUAAUGGGAUUAACCAUCCAGACCUGUGUUGAAAAGGUUGAGGGGAUACGUGGAUAAAUAUAUGAUCUAUUUUUUAUACUCCAACUUGUUUGUUCUUGGUAAUGUUUUUUUCUUGAUUGUAACAAUUUCAGACUAUUAGUACGUAUUUUAUUUUGAGAUUUCUAAAUAGCAUUUAAUAGGCACAUUGUUAUAGGAGUGAUUCAAUGUCAGAAACGCAUAGCUGUCAUGGUUACAAUUGCAAAAAGGUACUUUACUUUUAUUUGCUCCAUUGUUAAAGCAUUUGGCACCUGAGUUAGUAAUCAUCACUUCAGAUUUGAUGUGAUAGACCAACACAAAGUAUAAUGUGAGAGCAGUCUGGAAUUGACAUGUUUUUCAUAAAUAAUCACCAACGAAAUAUGAAAAGGAGUGUCUGUAUCAGUAUCUAACUUUACUCUAAUACUUCUACGUAAGUAAAAUCUAUUGCUACCAGUUGCCUUCAGGUGACUCAUAUCCUAUAAAAAGGGAUUGCCUGUUAAAAAGUGUGUUCUAUGCUUAUUUAUUAGCUGGUUUGUGAUAAGCUCUGAGAUUUGUUGAAGAGAUUUAAUGAUCAUACUAACAAAAUCAAGAAGACGACGACCAGUCCAGGCAGGUCAGUUUAAAGCUGGAUUAGAUUAUGAAACAAUAUCCUAAACUUUGAACAGCUCAUAAAGCUAGUUCUGUUCGAAUUAUCACCCUAAUCUGGAAAUAUUAUGGAAAAACUACAAGCCUGAAAUCCACAUAGCCGUCAGCUUAAACUUAAAGGCCAGGUAAGGAGAACAUACUGAAAUAAAAGCAGACCAGAGCUCCAUGAUGUUUCUAGAGGAGCUGCAGGGAACCCACAGCUCAGGUGGAAAAGCCUUUUGAAAAAUGACAGUUUUAUGUCAUGCACUCUAUGAAUCUAAACCUUUUUGGAUAUUUUAAUGAGUGAUAAGAAGAAAGAAUUGAUAUUCCCUUUUCGUGUAUUUAAAAUGUUAUGUUUUAGUACAGACUGCACAUAACCCUGAACCCAGGUUACCUGCCAAGUAACAUGGUGGUGGUCAAAUCAUGUAUGUGUGUAAGAAUGGCCCAGUCUAAUCCUACACCUGGUUUUUAAUAUACUACUUAAAGCUAACUUUCUUUCCGGGAUGAGACAAUUAUAAUCUCAAUUUGUAAAGUGACCUUGAGUGUUUUAAAAGGUGCUUGUAAUUCAAACUUAAUAUUAUAAAAUAUAUCACAUUUUUGGCUCUAAUUUAUCAGUAUAAAAUUGUUAAAUGUUUAUUAAAAUAAAAAUGGUAUUAAAGGUAAUAAAUCCAAUGCUGUUCAUCAGCAGGUGUGUGCAUCACUGUUAAACUAAAGGGAUUUGCACUUUGAUUAUCUAAAAGCAUAGAAAUGUGUAAUAGCAUGUUUAAACUACAUCAUUAUUUUGAUGCAUCUGAGAAUGGUUCCAGGGAUAUUUACUCAUUAUUUGCUUUUAUUUAAUAUAUAAGAAGAGCAAUUAUUUUUUACAGUGAGUCAAUACUUUUUGUCAUCCAAGUGCAACUAGGUUCACACUCAGGUCAGACUGUUUGGUGAACCACUUCUAAGAACUUCGCACACAUUCUGCUAUUUUCUUGAAAUACUGCCAACAAGCAAACUGUAACAGGUGGCUUUUCACUGUGGCUGUUUUUGCAGUUUGCACAACUGUGUUCAUUCUUUGUUUUCUGCUAUACGUCCUUAUCUAUUUGUUUUUUAAUUAUCUUGUUAUUUUUUUCCAAAUGAAUAUGUUGUAGUUGGUGAGGGAGAUAAAAAAUGAAUCAAAUUUCUACAUUGUUCUAAUAGGCCUCAAGUCUACAAUUACUGAAUUUUUGGAUGUUUUAAUUUUGCCUAAUAAGGAUUUGUAAAAUUUAAAGAUAGAAAAAAUA